AUGGGGGCUCCGUUUUCGCAUCAGGCGGACGUUUGGAUAGAGAUUCUCGUAAGACUCAAAUAUUUAAGUGUAAUAUUCAUCCACAGUUCAGAUAGUGAUGGUAGAAGUACUUUGGGUCGAUUCCAGAAUUUAGCCGACAUUGCAAACAUAAAAGUGGAAUCAAUAAUUAGAUACGAGCCGUCGGUUCCAUCGAUAGAAAAUGAGUUAAAUGAAGUGAAAAGAGAGUCCUAUUGUCGAGUAUUCCUAUUGUACGCCAAUAGAGAAGACGCCCGAAGUAUUUUCCAACAAAUCUAUUCGCAACAAAUGACUGAACCCGAGUACGUAUGGCUAGUCUCGGAACAGUCUCUGGAGGCCAUUAAUAGGCCGAACGGAGUAUUGGCUCUACGAUUAAAUUCGGUAAAUGAGAGCUCAAUGAUCGGCGACACCGUCCAAGUGCUGGCAAAUGCAUUGAAGCAAAUGUAUGACAACGAAAACAUAACAGUCCCGCCGACUGAUUGCGGAAAGAUCUCAAUCAACAAAUGGGAAACUGGCAUAAAAUUUGUCAAAUAUUUAAAAAACCAAACAUUUAGCGGAGAAACCGGAAGAAUAGCUUUUGACGAAUUUGGUGACAGACUUCUCAGUGAUUAUGAAAUCAUUAAUAUUAAUAACGGAAAAGAAAAAGUGAUUGGAAAGUAUUCCUUCUCCAAUGCAAUCAUGAAAAUGGAUUUAAAUUUAAAUGUAGAGCAAAUUGUAUGGCCGGGAAAUCUGACUGAACCACCGCUCGCAAAAUUGAACUUUACAUAUGAUUUGGAACAAGUAGAAGAUGGACAGUACGGAACCUAUGAUUUUAUGAACGGCACAAAAGUGUGGUCAGGACUCGUCGGAGAAUUAGUUUAUAAAAGGGGAGAUAUGGUGGCCGCACCUCUCACUGCUAAUCCUGAGAGAGGACAAGUGAUUGAUUUUUCCAAACCUUUUAAAUACGAGGGAAUUACUAUUCUUCAGAAAAGACAGCCACGAAAGGCAGCGUUAGCCUCAUUCUUACAACCCUUUGAAAACACUCUUUGGCUUUUGGUGCUGGUAUCCGUACAUGUGGUCGCAUUGGCUCUCUAUCUUCUCGACAGAUUCAGUCCAUUCGGUGGCUUCAAAAUGGCAGAUGUCGUGCCAUCAGAUGAGGGCGCUCUCAACCUUUCGAGU